GCGAUUUGGCGCUAGUGUGUGUCCGGUGUUCUGUAAUCAGCUGCUGCAGCGCAGGCACUUUCCACUUUGAGCUUCUGGCUGUUUUUGAAUCAUACAGUGCCGCGACCUUCAUGGCCAGUCAUGUCUGAAGAAGAGAUCAAGGUUUCCGAUGAGCUUUUCAAAGAUGUCAAAUUCUACGUGGUUGGGGAUAUUGAUCAAAAGGUGGUGCAGCUGCUAAAAGCAGGAAAAGCAAAGGAGGUGUCCUACAAUGCACUGGCCACUCACAUCAUUGCAGAGGAUGGGGACAACCCUGAGGUGGGCGAGUCAAGAGAGGUUUUUGACCUUCCUGUUGUCAAGCCAUCCUGGGUCAUUCUGUCAGUCCGAUGUGGAGACCUGUUACCAGUUACUGGCUUCUCGCCAGAAUCGGGGCAGAUAUUUUUUGGUGUCACAGCUUGUCUUCCCAGACUUCCUGAUGAUCUCAAUGCCCUGUGGGCUUACAUAACCUUUUAUGGAGGAGAAUGCCAGCUUAACCUAAACAAGAAGGUCACUCAUUUAGUAUUGAAGGAACCAAAAGGGGCUAAAUUUGAGUGUGCUCUGAAGCACUCCGGCAUCAAGAUUGUCACCCCUGACUGGAUCACAGAUUCUGUUAAAGAUAAAGCCAGGAAGGAGGAGGCACUCUAUCACCCCAGACUCACAUAUGUGGAGCCAGAGGAAGAGGAGGAGAGUGAAGCAGAGUCAUACAACCAUCAUUCUGAUGGAAGCUACAGCCCCCAGCGAUCCCGGCUGUCCAGUGGUGGCUCAUCAGAUGAGGAGUCCAGCCCCCGCAGACGACCGGGACCCAAAAGACUGAAUUCUGUCUCCCCGACCUCUCCACGCAAACCCGAGCGCCGCAGCGAACGGAUGUUUGAUGAUUCCGACGACGACUCUUCCACAGAGAAGGAGGGCACCAACCUCAACUGGACGCCAGCUGAAGUGGUCACCCCAGCUCCCCCUAUUACAACUGGUACAGCCAGGCGUCGGAGUGGGCCACCCGGCAUCAAAGACCCAGUGUCGUCCACAGGCAGUGGGCUGAUCAACUUAUGUGCGAAUGUGCCUCCUGUGCCCGGUAGUGGCGGUGCCGUGCCUGCAGAGGCUCGCUCUGCUGCUGCCGCCAUCGCUCACUCCGUACAGCAAGGUGUAUCUGUUCCAGAGAACAUGUCAGGGUGGAGCCCGGCUGUUAGAACGCUCCGCAACAUCACCAACAACUCCGACAUACAGCCUGCCAAUCGAGCAGCCAGCGUUCAUAUUAUCCAGCCUGCUAAUCAAACAAAGCCACUGGAGCAGCAGACGAAUCAGAGUCAUGCUCAGACCCUGAACAGCACCAAUGUUCUUCUCUUCAAUCAGGCCAAACUGACCAGUCAGCCCCUGACAGCCGAGCAGCAGCAAUUACUACAACAGCAGCAGUCAAACCAGGCCGCUCAGCAACAUCAGCAGUUAUCACAGCAACCACAGCACCCCAUGAUGCACCUUCAGCAGCAACAACAGAUGAUGCAGCUACAACACCACCAACAACAACAGCCACAGGCUGCUCAACAACAGGGGUUCCCACAGUUGCCUCUACAGCAGCAGCAGUUCCUACAACAGCAGCAGCAGCAACAAAUGCAGCAACAGCAGAUGUUUUCCCAGCAACAGCAGCAGCAUGUGUUCUCCCAGCAGCAGCUGCGACCCCAGCAGCCCUUACGGCCUGGACUACAGCAGUUGCAGCAGCAACAGCUGCUGCAACAACAGCUGCAGCAGUUGCAGCAGCAGCAAAGAAUGCAGAUGUUACAGCAGAAUCAACAGCAGAUGCACCAACAGCAUCUACAACAGCAGCAGCAGCACUUCAUGCAACAGCACCAUCAGAUGCAACAAAAGCAGCAUUUGCAGAACCAGCAUCAGAACCAGCAGGCCGUGCAGCAGCAGCAGACAGCUAUGCUGCAGCCACAGCUCCAGCAGCCUCCUCACGUCUCCCAGCUGUUUGGACACGAGCCGGGCCAAGAAAUCCCACAGGAUGGCUUCCUCCUGGGCUGUGUGUUUGGUAUUGCCGACUAUCCAGAACAGAUGGCUGACAAACAGCUCCUUGCUACAUGGAAGAGGGUCAUUCAGGCAUGUGGAGGCUCAGUUGAUCCAACCCUAACCAGCCGCUGCACACAUCUCCUGUGUGAAAGUCAGGUCAGCAGCAUGUACGUACAGGCACUCAGAGAGGGGAAACGCUGUGUAACCGCCCACUGGCUUAACACUGUGCUGAAGAAGAAGAGGAUGGUUCCUCCUCACCGGACGUUACAUCUGCCUUUUGCCUUCCCUCCUGGAGCCAAACCCUGCUCUCAGCACAUCAUAUCAGUGACUGGUUUUAUGGAUGCUGACAGAGAUGAUCUAAAACUGAUGGCCUACCUGGCUGGUGCCAGAUACACCGGAUAUCUUUGUCGCAGUAACACUGUUCUCAUUUGCAAAGAACCCAGUGGGCUUAAAUAUGAGAAGGCCAAGGAGUGGAAGAUCCCUUGUGUGAAUGCCCAGUGGCUGUGUGAUAUACUGCUGGGCAACUUUGAAGCACUGAGACAAAUCCAGCACAGCCGAUACUCCAUCUAC